ACAACUACCCAGGCCACGAUGAGCGUAGUUGACAACGUGCCAGAAAAGCGCUCGUUAGGGAGUCGCAUCUCGAGGAUUGUCUGGGAUCGGGACGAGAAGCCUGAACAUGAGCGUAAGUUCGUGCAGUGGCUCGACCUGCAUUUGUUCGUCAUCGCAUGUCUGGGAUACUUCAUCAAAUAUCUCGACCAGGCCAACAUCGCUAAUGCUUACGUGAGCGGCAUGCAGGAGGACCUCGACUUCACUGGGAACCAGUACAACACCCUUCUUUCCAUGUUCACUGCCGGCUAUGUCAUCGGUCAAUUUCCCGGCACUUUGCUCAUGGUCAAAAUUUCUCCAUCCAUCUGGCUGCCAUUUUGCGAGAUUCUAUGGACCGUUCUCGUCAUGUGCUGCUCCGUUGCGAAGAACGUCGAAACACUAUAUGCGCUGCGUUUCUUCAUUGGAAUGGCUGAGGCCACAUCCUACCCCGGAAUGAUCUGGGUUCUUGGAAGCUGGUAUGGCCCAAGUGAGCUCGGAAAACGUGCUGUCAUCUUUCAAGCGACUUCGGCUGCAGGAACGAUGUUCAGCGGAUAUCUGCAAGCUGCUGUUCACACCAAUUUGAACGGAGUAGGUGGCUUGACAGGAUGGCAAUGGCUUUUCAUUAUGGAUGGAGUCAUCUCUCUCCCCAUCGCCUUUGCAGGCCUCUUCCUCAUCCCAGAUAUCCCUAAUAAGCCUAAUCCCCGCGCUCGCUGGUGGCUCCGCCAAAAGCACCUCGACAUCGCCCAGGAGCGAAUGGCACAAAUGAAACGCGCACCGCCUACUGGAUUCUCGCUGCAAACGUUCAAAAAAGGGUUCUCGAGCUGGGUCCCGUGGGCGUUCUUCGUGCCUUAUACCUGUUUCGUACUCGGGUUGAGUUCAUAUGCGUACAUGAACCUCUGGCUCAAAGCUACCGCCCCUUGGAAGACCAACGUAACCCUGAUCAACAUCAUCCCCACCGGCGGCUACGCCCUCCAAAUCGUCAUGGCCCUAGUCUACUCCUGGGUCUCCGACGCUCUCAACACCCGCUACCCCGUCAUCAUCUUCGGCGGCACGGUCGCCCUCAUCGGAAACGCCAUCCUCGCCUCAUGGCCAGCUUCGAAGAACGCGAUCUUUGCGGGCUUCUUUUUAAAUUUCACGGUCACGUCGACGGGAGCGUUGAUGUUAGCUUGGGCGAAUGAGCUGACGUCGGGCAAUGCGGAGGGGAGAGCGAUCACGGUUGGGUUCUUAAAUACGGCUUCGUAUGUCUUCAACGCGUGGGUGCCCAACCUCUUGUUCCCCUCCUCGAAGGCACCACAUUACCCACUAGGAUACAAAGUCACCACCGCCUUCUGGGCCGCCAACAUCGUCGGUACAGCCCUCAUCGUCCUCUUCGUCAGGCGCGAUAAACGGGAAGCCCAUAUCGCCGAAGUGGCGCGGGAGAACGAUGAGAACGGGGGUGGGGUAAAGGGGAUCGGGAUCAUUGGGGGUGAUGGUGUAAGUGCGAGAGGAGAUGAGGGAAGUAGCGUCGAGGACGUGAAGGUCAGAUGA